AUGAAAGCACCUGAGUUUCAGGACAAGAUCCUAGCAGCCAUCCAGACCUCUGCGGAUGAGGGCCCCUCAGACCUCUCAGGCUUCAAGAAGAGGGAAGUUAUGAAGAAGCAACAAGAUUUUGAAGAUUUAAAGCUUGAAGACUAUGUGGAUCCUGCCCAAGGAGAGGCUGGGGCCUUCCAGAAGGAAUUGAGAUGUGCCAUCUGUAUAAAUACUUUUAUAGAGCCAGUCACCCUAGAGUGCGGGCACAGUUUUUGUCGACCUUGUCUCUGCCUCAGCUGGGAAGAGACCCAGAUUCCAACCAGGUGCCCUGUGUGCAGGGGACCCUGCCAGCAGAGAGACCUCAAAACCAACAUGGUUCUGAGGAGCCUGGUGGCCAUUGCCAGAAGAGCCAGCCUCAGGCAUUUUCUGAGCUCUGAGGAAUACAUGUGUGGGACACACAGGGAGACAAAGCAGAUGUUCUGUGAGGUAGACAGGGCCCUGCUCUGUAGGAGCUGCUCCCAGUCUCAGGAGCACAGGGCUCACAAACACCAUCCCAUAGAUAGGGCUGCUGAGGAGCAGAGGGAGAUGAUUUCAAAGCAGAUGCAUGCUGUAUGGGAAAAGACUCAAGAAAACCAGCACAAUUUACAGGAGAAGAGGAGACUCAUCAACCUAUGGAUUUGGUAUGUGAAGCUAUUUCGAGAGAGGCUCACCCAGCACCGAGUGGAGAUUGCCUUCAAUGACACUACGCGGAAUCAAGAUCUUGGGAGUUGUGUUGGACACGACAAUCCCUAUGCAGUUUUGAAUACUGAAGAGUCCUUCCACUUUACUUCUUUUGGACGCCAAGUCUUCAGCUCUGGGAAACAUUACUGGGAGGUUAGUGUGGAUGACUCUUCCACCUGGGCCCUGGGAGUUAUUAGGGAUUCCUCCAUAGGGAGCAACCUCACUGAAUCUGAGGAUCUUUUCCUCCUUUUGUUUGUGAAAGAGAACACACUUUCCACCAUUUUUACCACCUCCCCACUGCUGCCUCACUAUGUAGAGAAGCCUCUGGGCCGGGUUGGUGUGUUUCUUGAUCUUGACGAUGGCAGUGUGAGUUUUUGGAAUGUGGCUAAGAGUUCCCUUAUCUGGAGAUACCCCACUGGUGCUGUCCAAUUUCCUGUCAGGCCCCAUUUUUUCAGUGGUAGCCUCGCGUCCUAA